AUUGACAUUCAGUAUCGAGUAUCAUAACCUGAAAAAAGUUGCUGUGUUUUCACGACUCAUCGCCUACAAAACUCGCUGUAAAAUCACAGAAAAUAACUAACAACUAGGAAUAUUUUGCGGAAAAAGUUUGUGCAAACAGUCGCGGAACAUGUCCACUUCGGAAAAAAUUGAAGAGACGCCGGUAAAGGGCAAAACUAAGGAAAAGGAAGAGGAAAAAACUGAGCUGAGCGAUGAGGACAAACAGCUGCAGGAUGAGUUGAAUAUGUUGGUAGAACGGUUGCAGGAACCGUCGGUGGAGCUUUAUCUGCCAGCACUGGAAACGAUGGCCAAGCUCAUCAAGGCAUCGACCACCUCGAUGACGUCGGUUCCGAAACCGCUGAAAUUUAUGCGGUCCCACUUUGAAACGAUGAAAGAGAUCCAUAAAAAGAUGACGGCCUCGUUAAAAGAUAAGUCAGCGGCGAAACUGUGUGCGGAGAUAAUUUCCGUGCUGGCCAUGACCAUGGGAACGGGGAAGGAGUGCUUGGUCUAUCGGCUGCUGUGCGAUGACAGCAAUGAAAGCAUUGGCGAUUGGGGUCAUGAGUAUGUACGCCAUUUGAGCGGUGAGAUCGCUUCCAACUGGCCGGAAACGACCGACGAUUUCAAGAAGCGGCUGAUUCAUUUGAUUCACCAGAUUAUUCCAUACAACAUGGCUCACAAUGCGGAGGCAGAGGCCUGUGAUUUGCUGAUGGAAAUCGAACGAUUGGAUUUGCUGGAAGCGUACGUGGAUGAGAGUGCUUAUCCGAGGGUGUGCCUGUAUCUGCAAAGUUGUGUUCCUUACGUUCCGGAACCGGAGAACUUGAGCCUGCUCAAGUGUGCAUUGAAUUUGUCGAGAAAAUUUAAAAUGUACACUCAAGCUAUGCGACUGGCAUUGAUGAUCAACGACAUGCAGUUGAUUCAGGAUAUAUUUACUACCUGCGGUGAUUUGGCGAUUCAGAAACAGUUGGCAUUUAUGCUCGGCCGGCAGCAGAUCUUUCUGGAACUGCCGGAGGGUUCGAACGAUUAUGAUGACCUGGUGGAAAUUAUGUCUAAUUCGCAUUUGAAUAAUCACUUCCUAAAUUUGGCUCGUGAAUUGGACAUUAUGGAACCGAAGACACCGGAGGAUGUGUACAAAUCCCAUCUGGAUAACUCUCGUACUCCGUUCGGAUCCUCGCAGAUCGAUUCGGCCAGACAGAAUUUGGCAGCCAGUUUCGUGAAUGGAUUUGUAAAUGCAGGUUUUGGCCAGGACAAGCUUUUGAUGGAGGACGGAAAUAAGUGGCUUUACAAAAAUAAGGAACAUGGAAUGCUUAGUGCGACUGCUUCGCUGGGAUUGAUCCUGUUGUGGGAUGUCGAUGGCGGUUUAACUCCAAUCGAUAAGUAUCUGUACUCGAAUGAAGAUUAUAUUAAAUCCGGUGCUUUGCUGGCCUGUGGUAUAGUAAAUUGUGGAGUUCGAAAUGAAGUCGAUCCGGCUUUGGCUCUGCUUUCGGAUUACGUUCUUCAUCAGAACAGUACGAUGCGGAUUGGAGCAAUCCUUGGUCUCGGUUUGGCAUAUGCUGGAUCGAAUCGGCCUGUCGUGUUAGAAUUGAUUGGAUCGGUUUUUAACACGGAACGUAGAACCGGAUCCACCAUGGAAGUGAUGGGCAUUGCUGCCUUGGCUCUCGGGAUGAUCGCCGUUGGAUCCUGCAACAGUGAGGUGUCGGAGAUUCUUCUACAAACCAUCAUGGAUCGAACGGAGUUGGAAGUGAAGGACACUUACGCUCGAUUCCUUCCCGUUGGUCUUGGCUUUGUAUAUCUCGGGCGACAGGAAGCAGCAGAAGCUGUCAUAGCUGCGCUUGAAAUCGUCCAAGAACCUUUCCGGUCGAUGGCAAAAACUAUGGUUGAGAUUUGCGCUUACGCUGGAACCGGAAAUGUACUAAAAAUUCAACAGCUGUUACAUCUAUGCUCGGAACAUUACGAACCGGCUACAUCGGAAAGCGAAAGCUCCUCUUCGAAGAAGGAUGCGGCUGCUGCAGCCGCUGCCACUCAGAAAGAAAAAGAGGACAAGGAAAAGGAUCUGUCUGCAUGCCAGUCGGUAGCCGUUUUGGGAAUCGCUCUGAUUGCUAUGGGCGAAGAAAUCGGUUCUGAGAUGGCUUUCCGAUCGUUUGGCAAUCUACUGCGUUAUUGCGAACCCUGCAUUCGCCGUGCUGUCCCGUUAGCCUUAGGUCUCAUUUCGGUGUCCAAUCCGAAGCUAAACAUUCUGGACACGUUGAGCAAGUUCUCCCAUGACAGUGAUGCUGAAGUAGCUCACAAUGCAAUCUUUGCUAUGGGUCUGGUAGGUGCUGGAACAAACAACGCCCGAUUGGCAGCGAUGCUCCGCCAGUUAGCUCAAUAUCAUGCCAAGGAUCCAAAUAAUCUUUUCAUGGUAAGAAUUGCCCAAGGACUGACUCAUCUGGGCAAGGGAACUCUCACACUCAGUCCGUACCACAGCGAUCGUCAGCUGAUGAGUCCGGUGGCUGUGGCUGGAUUAAUGGCUACACUCGUGUCGUUCAUGGAUGUUAAAAAUAUCAUUCUGGGAAAAUCGCACUAUCUACUAUAUACUUUGGCCACCGCAAUGCAGCCUCGUAUGCUGAUUACCUUCACCGAAGACUUAAGCCCCUGCCCAGUUCCGGUUCGUGUGGGAAUGGCCGUCGACGUAGUUGGUCAAGCAGGUAAACCGAAGACUAUCACCGGUUUUCAAACGCACACCACCCCGGUUCUUUUGGCUAUGGGCGAACGAGCUGAACUGGCAACCGAGGAGUAUAUCUCGCUCACACCCAUUAUGGAAGGUUUCUGCAUUCUCAGGAAAAAUCCCAAUUAUGUCCCUUAAGAAAAUUCGCACCCUCGGCCAGAAGGGAAGUGGACAAUCUGUAAGACUUAUAAUUCAACUACAUCAACGGUAAAGAAAAAAAAAUGUUUUGAAUACGAUAUCAAACACGAUUCAUAAUUAUUGUAUUUAGCUUCAAGUAUUUGAAUAAAUCACAGUUUUAAGACUU